AUGGCGCCUCCAGAGGAGAACGGGCCUGACGGCUCGUCGCUUAAGCCCGUCUCGUCGCUACGAGCCAAGUUCGAAAACCUGCAGAUGGCCCAUCCCCCCGAACCAGGCGUCGGCCCCUCGCCCCCUCGAACAGUCUCUCCGGCGCCCAAACCAGAGCGGUUGCGCGAGGUCAAGACAGUGCAAGAGAACAUGCAUCAUGCGCCCGCACCGCGGGCCGCCGCCAAAACCACGAGCCGAUCGCGGCAGUGUAUCUGCAACACAUCUCCCCCUCCCUCACCCUGA